UCCCGCCGCCUAGUCAUGUGGUGCGUGGCACCGGAGUCGAGGUACCAUCCAUCGAUCCUGUCGUCGUCGGAGCCGUUGCCGAGGAGGACUCGGGCACGCUGCUCGUCGAGGUGGAGUAGGGUGGUGGCGGACGGUGCCGCCGGGUGCACCUCCAUGGCCCCGUGAAGCAGGAACAGAGCCGCCUCGUCAUCCAGCUGGGCCUUCGCGACGUGGGCUUGGGCCCCACGCCUCCGUUGUGGGCAGUCCUUGGCCCAGUGGCCGGGCCUGCCACACGUGUGGCAAGCGUCAUCUCGUGGUGCCCAGGGCCUAUCGGCGGUGCCACCCUGGGCGCCUCCGCGGGCGCCGCCCUCGGCGCGCCCUCAGGCUCCGGCCUGGGCACCUCCGCGCCCUCUGCGCGGCUUGCCGCGCUUGCGGCCACCAGUCGAGGAAGAGGGCUCCCCCUUCUUCCUGUCACCGCGCCAGGCCUCCCACUGCUCCUGAGUGAGGUGGAGCUUCCCGCCAAUGGAGAUACCUCCCGAGGGAGGUUGUGGCUCGUCGCUGUCGAUGACCUUGAGGCGACCAAUCGCCUCCUCGAUCGUCAUGGUGGAGAGAUCCAAUAGAGACUCGAUCGAGCGAGCGGUUUGCCUGUACCUCUCGGGGAUGCACCGGAAGAGCUUCUUGACAGCUCUCUCCUCGCCGUAGGUGUCGCCGCCGAACGUCACCAUCUUCUGCAACAGUGUUAAGACGGAGAGCAAAGUCGUCGACGUCUUCACCUGGCUUGAAGGCCAGGUUCUCCCACUCCGUGCGAAGCACCUACAAUGUGGACUUGCGGGCGCGGGCGCUGCCGGUGCGAGCUACAGUAAUGGCGUCCCAAGCCUCCUCGGCAGUCUCCUUCUGCGAAAGCGAGAACUGCAUCUCGGGAGGGACUGCGGCGAUGAGCGCAUCCAGCGCCCGACGGUCCUCAUCGUAGUCGAUGUCGUUGUACUGGACGGCAUCCCAUAUGUGCCGCACCUGGAGCCUCAUCCUCAUCACCGCAGUCGAGUACGUAGUUGGACUUGGUGAGGGUUGGCCACCCGCCACUGGGACCAACGUCCCGGACCACCGCCUGGAGGCCAUGGUAGCUGGGGGCGCCACUGCACGCGCCCCUGCCAGGUGCGCCGCCACCUCCCUGCGCGCCGCCGCCAGGAGCGCGGGCGCGCUGGCCCCUGGGCCGCCGUCGGGCGCGCCGCCCUCCAGCUCGCCGCCGGACGCGACGCUCUCCAGGCCACCGCCGCCGCCGGGGUGGGCUGCUGCCCACCGCGCGGUCCACUUCCGUGCACUCUCCCUCUCCGGCUCCUCAAGGUCCCCGUUGGUGGUGGUGUCGCCGGCGAUGGAGCCGCUGAGGCUGCCGCGCAAGGUCUCAACCUCAACCUCCACCGCACGCGCUGCAUCUUCCGCCUCCUCUGCUUCCACCUCCGCCCUGGCCACCGCCAGCUCCGCUGCAGCCAGUCUGGCCGCCCUCGCCGCUGUUGCAGCGGCUUGAGCCGUUGCUCGCCUGCGCUUCUCUGCCGCGGCGAGCUCGGCGUCUCGCUGACGCCGUGCGCUCGAGGCGACCGAGCGCUGAGACGGUGCAUCGGACAUGACGCGCCUCCAAGGGGCUGCUGCGUGGAGAGGGGGAAGGGAACAGAGAAGGAGAGGCAGCCGGUGCUGCUGCUGCUGCUGCACAAGCUGCUGUUGCGCUAGCUGCUGCUGGGAGUGGCUGGGUUGCUUGGGAAGGAGAGGAACAAGAGAUAUCCAGUCUACAGGAAAGUACGGCUCUGAUACCAGAUGUUAGAAGCUCAAUUUUCACUCUCAUUGAGCUGAGAGGAUGACGCUCAGUGUUGGGGCAAUUUUCUGAGGUUUUUUAUUCACAGUCACACACAAUGCCAUGCCCUCCAACGGGAGGGGUAGCCACACUCUUAUACAAGGGGCUGCAGGGCAGCCAAAACAUAAACCAAGGGCUAGUCUAAGAUGCUAACUGACUGAUGUCCUAGAGAUGCUAACUGACUGCUGUCCUAGAUGCUCUGUAGUGCUGCAGUAAGACCACUGCGCAGCAAGGACUAAGAUGCUAGUCAAAAGAACUAAAAGCUAGAUGCUGUCCUGCUAGAUGUUGUCCUACAAAGACCAAGGGUACACAGGACUUAUCCCUUCAAUAACAACUGAGAUCGAUGAUGCUAUUCUUCUGAUGCUUCUCAUCUGUACCAUUAACUCAUAGCAGCACAUACUGAUAUGUUUGUGUUUCAACAGCUGCACGCCAGAAUAUUGCAAUAUGAUUAUAUUGAUGCUCUGUCUUUAGUUGGACCCUAACAGGUCAUGGUCAUCUGGUUCUAACACAGGCGGAGGAAUUAUGUCCUACUCUAUGUAUCUGUGGUCUUCUUAACUUUGUUGGACCCUAACAGGUCAUGGUCAUCUGGUUCUAACACAGGCGGAGGAAUUCUGUCCUACUCUAUGUAUCUGUGGUCUUCUUAAGUUUGGUUCACAACAACAAAGACUUUUGUAACUAGUUCCUGCUGCUUGACCCCUGUCAUCCUGUGUACACCUACUCUUAUUGGAAUAUGGAACCAAAAAACUUUGAGCAAUGAGAUGAAUAUUAAUUUGAGUA